CUAAUAAAAAUAGCAUGAGUCACGUCUAAAAUCAGGAUGUAUACUAUUUAAGAUUUGCCCCUUUCGUCAUCCAAAAGACUUGUCAAUACAUGGAAUUGCAUGCUGCUUUUCCCCAUUAAAUCUUCCAUGUUUGCUUCUUCUUCUUCUUCAACUACCUACUAGUACUUAUCUACUCCUUUUUUCUCCCUAUUCUCAGGAAUCUCUAGAUAUUUUUUCAUUCUUAUCAAUUAAUUUCUUUUUGUAAAACCCUAAUUUCCGACGAAUUCUUCGUCCAGAUUUUGGGUGUGAUUUUGUAAAUGUCGUCGGUUAAUGCAACUUACAGUGGUAGAAUUAGUAGUAGUAAUGGCAUUGUGAAUUCUAACACAAUUCAAGGAGAUGCGAAUAGAAUUACAGCAAGUAAUAGUAGUGGUGGAGGUGGAAGUAGAGAUUCAUUGAAAUUAUAUGAAGCGAUUAUAUUUUCUGGACCAAUUGUGCUCACAUUGAUUAUCCUUUUCUUGUUUUACUUCUUUUAUCUUCGUCGUCAUAGUGUUGAUUGGUCUUCUCUUCGUAUGCGAGCUUCUAAUGCUGCUGCAGCCGCCGGUUCCGAGGAUGUUGGGGUGAAGAAAGAGGUUGGAUUGAAGAAAGAAAUUAGGGAAAUGCUGCCUAUUAUUGUUUUUAAAGAGAGCUUUUCUGUCAGAGAUUCACAAUGUUCAGUGUGCUUAGGGGACUAUCAAGCAGAAGAUAAGCUUCAACAAAUACCUGGGUGUGGUCAUACAUUUCAUCUGAACUGCAUCGACCAUUGGCUAGCCACUCAUACAACCUGCCCUCUAUGUCGCCUUUCACUCAUCAGUCCAUCUAAAAGUCCUCCAGCCUCAGAGCCUGAUAGUCAUAAUCCGACUGGCAGUCAAAUUAACAACUCAGAAAAUACUGAUGACUUUCUUCAGCAAAAUAGACUCCAAAUUGUAUGAAUGCUUACAGCUUCCGUUUACUUAGGUGAUGGGUAUGUGAGGUUUCUCUAAAGAUUAUACAUACAUGUAACCAGAAAACGAAAGCUAGGAUCAAUGUAGCUGCUGGUAAACCUGAUUAGCAGUUCUAAUGCCUGUGACGUUAUUGCUGUUGUGUUGUGAUAUUGUGGAUUGCGGGUGAGGGUUCAGCUGUAGCUUCGACAUUUUCCACUUUUGUUCGAGGAAUUAGGAUUCACUAAAAACUAAGUCCAUGUGAACUCAUAGGGCUGUGUAGAAUCAGAACUGGUUGCAUCAUGCCACUGUAUGUCAACAGAGAAAUUGCAGUCUAAGGGUCCCAAUUACUUAGAAGUUAGAAGGGGACUAAUGUUAAUGUGUUGUCUUUUAGUAUUACCAUGUAAAAGUAUGCAAAAUUUUAAUAAACAGUAUUAAUGAUUUCUUGUGGUUGGGUGUAGUGAAAACUAUGUAAAUUUUGAUUUGCAUUUUUAUGAAAUUCUUUACACGUUGGUUUACUCCA